AUGGCUCGAGGAGGGUGCUUAGCCCUGGCUGCGCUGGCGUUGUCGGUCAUGACGGGCAGUUCCGCGCACUCGGACUCGCACUCGCAUCAGUCGACCGUGUCGUCGAUCGAAGUUGAAGUUGGACCCAACUAUGACUUCCCACUCGAGGACCUGGACAAGGACCUCCCAUUCUCGCAGCCGGUGACGUUCGCCCACCUCCCGUGGCAGCGGUGCUUCUCGGCGGCGCACCGGACGGCGAUGGACAUUGCGAUCGUGGGGUUCCCCUACGACACAUCGACGUCGUACCGGCCCGGAGCACGGUUUGGGCCACGCGGGAUCCGGGCGGCCAGUUCGCGCGAGAAGAAAGGCCGGAGCUACAACACGGUGUGGGGGGUGGAUCCGCUGACGAGCGCGGACGAGGGCGGGCUUCACAUCGUGGACUGCGGCGACAUCCCGAUCACGCCGUUCGACGCGGCGCACGCCUUUCGCCAGAUGGAGCAGGGCUACCGGCAGGUGCUGUGGCACAACACCACGCCCGCCGCCGGGCGCGACUGGCCGCGGCCGCGCGUGGUCAGCCUGGGCGGCGACCACAGCAUCGUGCUGCCGGUGCUGCGCAGCCUGAAGGACGUGUACGGGCCGAUCAGCGUGAUCCAUCUGGACUCGCACCUCGACACCUGGGACCCGUACGCCGGCUACACGGGCAUCGCGUCCGACCAGAGCGCCAUUACGCACGGCACCUUCUUCUGGCACGCCGCGCGUGAGGGCUGCAUCGCCAAGGGCUCGUCCGUCCACGGCGGCCUGCGCACCAAGCUGUUCAGCCCGCACGACUACGAGAUCGACCGCGAUGUCGUCGGCUUCCAUCUGAUCGAGGCCCACGAGAUCGACGAGCCCGGCGGCGGCGGCAUGCCCGCCAUCAUCGAGCGCGUGCGGAAGAUCGUCGCUGACACCCCCGUCUACCUGUCCAUCGACAUCGACGUGCUCGACCCUAGCAUCGCCCCGGCCACCGGCACCCCCGAGUCCGGCGGCUGGACCACCCGCGAGGUCAAGCGCUUCAUCAAGGGCCUGGAAGGUAUUCGUCUGGUCGGCGCCGACGUCGUCGAGGUCAGCCCGCCCUACGAUACCGCCGCCGAGGUCACCAGCGUGGCCGCCAGCGACUUGCUCGUCGACAUCCUGGCCUUGAUGGUCAAGGAUUCCUUGGCCAUGACUCAAGGGAAAGGGAACAGUCCUGUCAAGGAUGAAUUGUAG